AUGUCGUCCAAACUUCCGGACAGAUCCAACUGGAAGCGAAGUCGCUCUCGAUCGCCGUCGUCGCGCCCACCGCACAAGUUCGCCCGCCGAGACGACGACUACAACGGCUCCCGAAACAUUAAGGAUCAAGUCCGGUUGAACCAGCUCCAGGAAGCGGAACAGGCCCGACAAUGGGUGGCACAGGAGGAUGUCUUCGUUCUCAAGCAGGCGAAAAAGAAGGCCGAGAUUCGGGUUAAAGAGGGAAGGGCGAAGCCGAUCGACUGGCUUACCGUCACCUUGCGCGUUAUCGACCCGACCCGGGAUCCUCACGACGAUGAGAUCGCGGACUCGGAUUUGGAUCUGGUGGACCCGGAUGGGGUGUUUGAGGGUCUUUCGCAGAGCGAGUUGCUGGAUUUGGAGAAGGAUAUUGAGACGUUUCUGGGUCUGGAGACGAAUUCUCAGAACCGGGACUUUUGGAGAACUAUGAAAGUGAUUUGUCGCGAUCGCCAAAAGUCCACUGCCCCCGAAGGCCGCGCCCUCAGCUCCGUCGCCGCAGACAUCAACAGGCUACUGAGCCCCAAGAGCUACGAGCAACUGCAGAACCUCGAGGUACAAGUCCGCAAGAAGCUGGACUCGAACGAGCCGAUUGAUACAGACUACUGGGAGGAGCUCUUACGCAGCCUCACGGUGUGGAAGGCUCGCGCCAAAGUGAAGAAAGUCUUCCAGGCGGUCAUUGACGAGCGUGUACGAGGGCUGCGUGAUCAGCAACGUGAGGAAGCCGAAUCAGUUCGAGAUAGGCUCGCUCCCUUAGCUCCGGCGAUCGAGUCAACAUCCAAUGCGCCCGACGAACGCGAUUUCCGUGGUUUGGAUCCCGACCCGCUGCUUCAGAUCCGGCCGGAGGACAAGGGGUUGGAGAUAGUGGAUGAAGAUGCUUUUCUCAGUCAAGUGGCCCGCGAUCGUCAGAAGGUUCUGAAGAUGGGUUACGUUCCCCUACGCCAGCGACAAGUGGAGAAACCAUCAGCCAUGCCGGUGGCCCAGACAUCCAGCCUGUCGGUUUCUACCGCCCCCACGCGCUUUUCCGCCAUACCCAACGAAGAUUUCUCACAGGCCACCAAGGCCCUGUACGAGCGCGAACUCGCCAAGGGCGUCAGUGAGAACGAGGAGAUCUUUACCGGCGAGGAGUCUGUCAGCACGGGUGCGCAGCCGCUAUGGGCGAACAAAUACCGACCUCGCAAGCCCCGGUACUUCAACCGGUGCCAAAUGGGUUACGAGUGGAAUAAAUACAACCAGACUCACUACGAUCACGAUCACCCACCUCCCAAGGUCGUCCAGGGCUACAAAUUCAACAUCUUCUACCCCGACCUCAUCGAUAAAGCCAAAGCCCCGACCUAUCGCAUAGAGCGCGAACAUGGACGAAAGCGCGGGCAGUCUUUUGCAGCUGCUGGUGAGGAGGAUACCUGUCUCAUCCGGUUCAUGGCGGGACCCCCGUACGAGGACAUCGCAUUUCGGAUUGUCGAUAAAGAGUGGGACUAUAGUGCGAAGCGGGAGCGAGGCUUCAAGAGUACAUUUGACAAGGGGAUUUUGCAACUACACUUCCAAUUUAAGCGGAUCUAUUACCGGAAGUAA